UUAUUCUCCGAUAGGCUGAAAAAUUUGCAAAAUUGAUCACUAAUCGUAGAAUGGAAGGCCCCAGCAGCAUGGUGAGAGUUGAUACGUUGCGGAAUCUACAGAGCCUGGCCAAGGAAGGAGAUGUGGAAGCAUUAUUUUCAAUACUUGAAGAGGAUCCCAACGUUUUAGAGCGUAUUGAUCAAGUACCAUUUGUGACUACUCCCUUGCAUACAGCUGCAAGGGAGGGAAAGAUCCAUUUCGCCAAGGAGAUACUAAACUUAAAGCCUUCAUUUGCUAGGAAGCGAGAUCAUCUUGGGCGUAGCCCCCUCCACUUGGCUUUGGAGGGAAAACACCUGCAGAAAGGGCUUAGUCCCCGUGAUUUGGAUUUGGAGAAGUACCAGGAACUUGUAACAUGGUUGAUAAAACAUGACAGUGAGGUUGUUCGUGUUAAAGCAAAGGGGAUGGUUACUCCUCUGCACUAUGCAGCUCAAGUAGACGAUGCAUCCAGUUUGGCUGAGUUUUUGUCUGUUUGUCCCUCAUCAAUCGAAGAGUUGACUGUUAAAUCUGAAACUGCUGUCCAUGUCGCCAUAAAAAACGAGAGUUUGAAAGUCUUUGACGCCUUGUUACAAUGGCUUCGACACGUCAACAAAGAGGAGAUCCUGAACUGGAAGGACGAGGAAGGAAACAAUGCAUUGGAUACGGCAUUAUCUGCAAAUCAAUCUGACAUGGUGGAGCAGUUGCUUGGAUAUAUGAGAGAGGAUAUAGAGAACAGUAAAGGUUCGACAGCUUUGGAUAUCUGCUCUGAGGAAAAUGAAGCUGUUAGGGACAAUCCACUUGCUGCUAGAGCUAAAAGAGCAUGUGAUCUCUGUUGUCCUUCACUAAAUAUUCCAGUAGCAGUCAUGAAGUUUCCUAGUCGCUUAUCGCUAGCAAAAAUAAUUCUGAAAAGCCCUGGGCAGGUAUACCAAAGCGUUGGUAAAAUUCCCCUUGAAAUGAGAAAUGUACUACUUGUGGUAGCUACAUUGGUAGCCACAGCUACCUAUCAAGCUGCACUGAGCCCCCCCGGAGGAUAUUGGCAAGAUGACGGCAAUCAGCUGCCUGUAGCCAACAACACUGGUAUCAGUAACACCACCACCUCUGCUAUCAGUAACACCAACACCACCACCGCUAUCAGUAACACCACCACCACCGCUAUCAGUAACACCACCACCGCCGUCUUUGGUUCAGAGCCUUCUGAACAACACCGUGCAGGGAAUAUGAUUCUGGGGUCUAUUACCCAAUUAGUAUUUUUGGCAAGUAAUUCUUUGGCUUUUUUUACGUCGGUGUGCUUAAUUUUGACUAUCAUAGCUGAGCUCCCAUUUUUGGAAAUCAAUGUUCUAAUGAUAUCUCUGAUGGUAGCUUCGUAUUUUAUUUCUAUUUUUGACACUUUUCACCCCACCGAAAGUAACUCUGUAAAGUCUGCGUCUAUCAUUAUUCUGUCUGCAGGUAUUUGUGCAGCAUAUGUUAUUGCAUUUUAUUUAAGCAGAGCCGGUGUAAAGAUGCGACAAGGUAGGGUGAAAACUUAGGAGCCUACGUAGAAAAGUGAAUUCAAUUUAAGCUGCCACUUGUUUAUGUUUUGUUGUUAAGAGCCAGCAAUAUUGUUUGUAAUGUUAUUGUCAUCCCUGCUUUUAAUAUAUUUAAUGAAUUUGUUUCUUUCACCGUUACA